AUGGGUCGCGGAAGGCUGAAGAUGGAACUCAUUGCGAACGAGAGAUCUCGAAAAACAACGUUUCAAAAGAGAAGCAAGGGAAUGAUGAAGAAGGCUUAUGAGUUUUCAACUCUUUGCGAAGUGGAUGUGUGCAUUAUUAUUUACGGCCCAAAGCUGACUGAUCGGCCUCCAGAACUCCAAACUUGGCCCCAAAAUUCGGAACAAGUCGAUCGUAUAAUCAACAAGUACAAAGCCAGCACCAUGAGCAAACCGGCCAAGAAAACCUUCGAUUUGUCGGACCUGUUGAUGGACCGAAAGAACAAGGUCUAUGCUGAUAUUUACAGAGCCCGUAAGGAGAUGUAUGAGACCAAGUACCCAACAUGGGACGAACGUAUCGAAAGUUUCUCCGAGAAUCAACUCGAGGCACUUCUGGACAAGUUAGAUGCUAAGCUUGAGACUGGCAAGAGAACAUUACUUAAUAAGAGGAACGGAGCUGCUCAUCGAGUACCUGUAACGAAAAAAGUACGGAUGGGUGGAAACCCUAACAUGGGUGAAUCAUCAAGCCAAAAGGAGCCUUGUAAUUCUUACAUGCAGGAACAUUAUCAUGAGGAGGACCAAAACCCUACGAGCUCUUUGAACAAUAAUACGGUGGAUAUGCUCCAGCCAUUUGCAGUCUCGUCAUUUGAUCAUCAUCAGCCUUCUGAUCAAACACUUCCAUUUGAUAAUUCGGAUCAAUAUUUGAAUAAUCUUAUGGCUCCUAAUCCGAGUUCGAUGGCAAUGUGGAUGUUGAUGGAGGGCAACUAUAACUAUAGUACUCUUCAGUACAGGGCAGGGGAUUCCAGCAGUGCUCAUUAUUCUCAAUCACCAUUGGAGGGGUAUCACUGUAAUUACAGUGAUCAAAUGAAUAUGAAUAUGAUGAUGACGAAUAAUAAUAUUGGUCCUCUAAGCUCCUCAUCCAUGAGCCACUACUAUGCUCGUCUCAUGCAGCCUGCAGUGCCCUACAUGCAUCAGAUGAUGCCGCCCAGUCUUUCAUCUCAUCAACUUCUUCAAGUGCAUACUUCUCAAGUCAAAGAAGAUCAGUACGAAGAUAUCAACCAAUAUCUGGUCAUGAACAACAAGAUGGGUUAG